AUGGUCAACUCAGCGGGUAAGUGCUCCCUGGAACAACCAAUCUGUCUCCGGUGCCGGAAAGCUGGAAUCGAAUGCGGCGGCUACAGGGUGCCGAUAGUCUUCGUCAACACGACUGCAACCGCCAAAGGCGUGAUUGUCGCCCGCGAGAGACCGAACGUCGCAUUAAGACACUCGUUCAAUCUGGCCGCCUAUGAGGAACAGUAUUUGAGCUUGUUCUGGAACAUUUACCUGCCUAACGGCAGCCCUUGCGGCAACAAGCUAGCAGGACCAUAUCCGAUUGGCAGCUGGAUCAACAUCGCGAAGGAGUUGUCAUGCUACAAUGACGCAGCGAGAAAGUCGUUGCUGGCAGUAUGUAUGACCGUUGUUGGGCAAAGGGAGAAGCAGCAAUGGAUGAUUCACGAAUCACUUCAGCUGUACACUAAUGCGUUGGACGAGGUACGGACGGCAUUGAGCAGUAGCCCGACUGAUUCCGACGACGCAAUGCUUGUUGCCUCAAGAGCACUCGCAGCAUACGAGCUCCUUGGGAGCUUAGAUGAGGGCCAAGGAGCUAUCAUGACACGACGCCGUCCUGAGGAGUAUAUGUUUGGUCGGGCGCACCAGCUUUUCGCAGAUAGUCGCGUGCAAUUGGCGCUUGCGUCGUUCAUGAACAAGAAACGAUGCUUCCUGGCGGAGCCUGAAUGGGUUCAUAUACCAUGGACCUACAUUCCCAAGACCGCCAAAGACUACAUGCUGGAUGCAAUGAUUCAGAUCCCAGCUAUGAUGGAAGACCUGGAGCUUUGGACGAGGGAUGACGACUUUGACGCCGCCUUGCGUCUCCGCAAAGCAUACAUUGUCGUACGCAAGGACCUUGAAACCUGGGAACAGGAACAGCUUCCUGCUGAAGAGCUUAAGGACCUUCGAACGCGACUGUCCGACACGCCGACCCCAACAGACAUGGUAGCUGCACAGCUGGUGUCAUGCUUUUGGACGUUGAAACUCAUCACUAACAACAUUAUGCAUGUGGCUUGCCUCACAUCGCCCGAGCUGAAAGCUGAACCCGAGUGGACCGAGUCGUUUUCGACGACCGCGCAGAAUGAGUUGUGUAAGAAGAUAGCCGAGGUGGUGGGAGUCUUGCUUCAUCCGGCUUCUGGCGUGUUCUGGGGUCAAUAUGCGAUGUGUCCAGUGGCGAUCUCCUUACUUUACUUGACUACAACACAACAGCUUCGAUCGGAGACUGCGGAUCGAUUACUGGGCAGCUUCUCGGAGCAAAUAAAUCCUGACGCUCUGAUAAGAUUUGUGCUAGGGGUCUUGAAAGAAUGGCCCGGCAUGCGGGUCAGCUCGUUGCCGAUCCUAGGGAAGGCAGAGGCGAAAAAGGAGGAGCAGCAAGAAAGGCCGACCUACGUCUCGGUUUGA